CACCAUCCCAUACCUGCGCUUGGCUUUUCUUCACUGUCAUCUGAUGGUUCUCCGUUGGAAAGUCCGAUCUUGAGAAGUUUUGGCUGAAGAUGAAAGGAAAGAGCUGGAAGGAGUAUAAUCGACAUCACCAUCAUUUGCCUCUCCAUAUCCAAGUGGGGAUCUUGUUCUGCGGCUGUACCCGUCUUGCCUUGGCGACGAGGGAACCACCAGCGUUCAUUCAUCAACCCGACGAUACUUCUAUCGUGCCGGAUUAUUUUUACGUGUUCUUGCUAUCGAUUCUGUGCUCUGUCCUGGGACUAUUCUGUGUCACGUUGCUCUCGUUAUUCAAUAGGUCAAUCGAGCUGCGCGAAGAGAUCGAAAUGAAGGGCCAGAAACGGUUCCAGUUGUCGCUCCACGAGGUCCUCGUUUACGUUGUUCUCUCCCGCAUAGCGAUCUUUGGCCCCAUCUUCUCUUUGAUUUGUAUCCUCGUCGGUCUUUAUAUGAUAGUAUGGGAGUGAUUCUUUUCUGCCUGGCACCCCAUCUCGCUUUUCUUGUACACAUUUUGUACCUACUACCCCGAGACACUGUUGAUCUCGACGCUACCAGCCACUCUGUAGUUUUGUAUUAGAUCGUAAUGAUUACCUGUCC